AUGGAACGUGUUGGGGAUUACAUGAUAUUUGAAGAGAUCUUAUCGAGACUACCUGCAAAGGUAGUUUGUCGUUUCAAAUGUGUUUCUAAACAAUGGUGUUAUGAAUUAUCUACACCAAAGUUUGUUUUCAUCCAUGCUCGACGAGUUGGAAAUUCAAUACAAAAGAAGCUGCUCUCCUUGAAAGAAAAUUCAAUUGUCGUUGAUGACAUUGUAGCUGGCAAGUUAGAAGAAGAUACAAGCGAAACAGUUAUUUUUCCAUACGAUGUCGAGCCAUCCUUUUUAAGCAUUAUAGGUUCGUUUAACGGACUGAUUUUACUUUGCAUUAAAAGGAGUUACAAUGAGCUCGUCCUUUGGAAUCCAACGACAAGGCGUUUUAAGGUUAUAUCGGACGACUAUUUUAGUCGUUAUUUUGGUCGACACAACGAUACGGGUGGAAUGUACUUUGACGAGCACAACGAUCUAAAAGUGCUUCAUAUUAAUUGUUACUGGGACGUAGUUACUGCUCGUGUAUAUUCACGACAUAAUGACUCAUGGAGAAAAUUGAAUUUCUUGAACGGAACUAAGUUUGGUUCAAACUUUUAUUCAUGGUCUCCUGGAAUUUAUUCAGACAAAAAAAUAUAUUUCAUGGUUUCCAAUUACUGGAUUCCACCCGGUGAAAGGAACAUAGUUGUUUUCGAUGUUAUAUCUGAAACUUUUAGUAUACUUCGUUUUCCGGAGCAUAUGGAAGUCAAUCCUUGUCAAGGACAUUUUCUAACAAUUUCCAACAAGCUGCAUGUGAUUGUCGUUCAAUAUGCUGGUGAACUAAUUGCAGAUUUGGUCAAAUAUGAACAUGAUGAGUGGACAAGGUAUUUUCUUUCAAUAGGGCUCGCAUAG